GGAAAGGACGUAAAUGGGUUGAGUUAACAGUAAGGGAAUUUAAAAUUUGGUUGGCAAUAUUGAUAUAUGCUGGUAUUUUUAAAUUACCUAGCAUUAGGGAUUAUUGGAAUAGAGAUAACAGAUUUUCAGAACAUAAGAUAACUACUUUUAUGACUUCACUUUGCUUCGAACAAUUAAUAUGGGAUCUAAUUAAUGCGGGUAUGGAAGAAAAUAGCUUGGUUAAAAAGCCAAAUAUCCGAAAUCAGGUUAAAGAAUUAGCUAAAGAUCUUGAUACUGAUCUCUCAAAAAAACAAUAUGUAACAAGUAAUUUUGAACUUUCUUUAUUAAGGUUAACUCCGGAAGGACAUUUACCCGAAUGGAGAAAAGAAAGAGAGAGCUGCAUGUGGUGUAG